UGCUAGGUAAAAUUUAGUUUUAUUUUACAAUGUAAACUCCAAUUAAACAACAGGUAGCAGGGACACUGCAACAAAAACAAAUCCGUCUUUAUGUGUGGGCGGUGAAUAUAUCGACGUUUUUCUAAAACUUUCCAUAUUUAUACCGGUCGUGUUUACUCGAUAAAAAGUGCAAACAGUGAUAACUCGAUAAGCGAUUAGAUUAUAGAUCUACCAAUGCCAUACAUUUUAGUGCGAGGUAAUCUAGCGGCUUAUGGUCAAAGAUUUCCGUGGAGAGUCUUGGUUUCUGGUUUGAAAACAGACGAUAUCGAACAAUUAAAAAGAUUCGCCUCAGGUGGAUACUGUGACGAUUCCACUAUAGUGUAUAUGGUACAUCCUUGUGUGAUAUUAACAGCUCUUGAAGUCUUAGGAUAUAGAGUAGUCGCUUCAUCUUCUACUAGUGUAAAACAGGACUACAAUGAGUAUAUGUGGACUAUGAGAAAAGACUUUUCCGAGCCAGAACCAAUUAGUGAAGAAAAAUUACCUGAAUUUAAAAUAGAUCAUAAGUUAGAGAAUAAGCUCUCACCUUCCGAAGAAAUUUGAGGUUGAUGGAUACAAAAAAAAUGGAGAUACCAGCAGGUGUACUCAUGUCUACUGGAACUUACGCAUAUGUGGCCAUUAAGGGAUCCUUAUAUGCUAACGACAGUGCUGUUUUUGGCCUUAACGAGGUAGAGACUAAGGCGUUGGUGAAAAAAUUUUCAAAUUCCCAGAGAGAGGUUAUAAAUGGAAUAUUACUAUCUGCGUCGCCGAUGCAGGUAGUUAACGCUUUGGGUCAAUUAGGCUAUAGGGUUGUCUGUACAACAGGAGAAACUGAAGUAGUAUGGACAAUGCAGAGGGAAGUGUAAUUUCCGAAUGUGUUCAGUUUGAUUUGUGCCAGAAUGUUCUAUUCUAGAUAAGUAGUUAAAAUUAAAUCAAAAAGAACAACAUGCUUUCCAUCUCUUUUUCGUAGAACAGUUUUCCAAUAGUUAUUGCAGAAAUUUUGAAGAUUUGAUAUGGACAUAGAUUUUGAAGUCAAUAAGUAAUUAAAAAAAUUAACGAAAUUGUAUCGAUGUAACGAAAAAUAAUCUGGGGAAUUCCAUCCGAAUUAUCUGGCAACAGAUAGUACAGUCUUGAAAGUACGGUACUGUAGUGUCGUUCAAUAAGAUCAAUUCACAUAAUUGCACAUAUGCAAGUCUGUCUGCAGUCAAAUUGUAUGAUUUCGUUGGAUACACAGUCACACACAAUCAAAAUUUUUGCCAAUUCAUUGAAUUCUACAAAGUUGAACGAGUACCGUGGCUGGCCAGCUUUAUAAAAGUAAUUUCUACAAUCAAAUUUUGCUUUAGUAUUGGUUGAUUUAUGUAAACCACCAAUUACUUGAUAUAUGCCACUUUAUAAACUCUUGUUGUUUAUAUGGACAUGUAUCUAUUAUUCAGAAAAAAAUUUAAAGUUUCUGCUUGGAGAUGGAUUUCAUAUUGUGCAGAAAAAUUUAUAUUUUAUAUAUUAUAUUCUUGAAAAUGUAAUGUGAUGUAAUGUAACGAGAAACAUAUUUUUUGCAAUAAUGCUGUAAUUUUUACUCUGCUUUUUAUAUUAUAGAUAGGGUAUAAACAUAUUGUGCUAUUUAUUAAUAAGAAAGUGGAACAAAAUAAUAAUAUAGUAGGCAAUAUAAUCUUUAACAUCAAAUACUAAA